GAAGAGACUCUUUGUCUAUCAUUACCGUCACUACCAUCCAGCCGCAGUGUGGGUAGACGACCAAGGUUAAACACUUCUUCAGCCAAACUCCCCGCCUAAUCGAUCGCGUGAUCGCGAGAUAAGUUUUGAAGAUGCGACAAAAAACACUGACUCUUGUGGUCUUCCUAGCACUGUGGAGCACCGUUAGUACCAGUGAACUGCUCGACUUGAGCUGCGACGAUGACAAAGAGUGCGAAAUGUACAAUAGCAGUGCCGUCAAGAGCACGUGCUCGACCGGUACUUGCCACUGCGAACUGGUAAACGGCGGUAAUCAAACCGAUUGCAAACCGGUGGUCACCAAAGCAUCCAAUCAAAUCGGAGGACCAUGUCCCUGCAUGGCGGAGAAUUCGUACUGUAACGAGAAAACCAAAUUAUGUAUUUGCAAAGAGGGAUUUAUUCCGAGCCGGGAGGCCAAGCGGUGCAUGAGCAAAUCCGUUGAACUGGGAAAAACCUGCGAGAUCGAUGAACAGUGCAUUGUUAACGAUCACUUCUCGCAUUGCGAUGACUCGCACUUGAAUUGUACCUGCUCCAACCACUUCGUCAUCUAUCAGAAGAAGUGUCAUUCGAUAAUCGCAACGACAGAGAAGUUCUGUCAACAGGACAAGGACUGCACGAACCAAACGGCCAACUCCAUAUGCCACGAAAAGCAAUGCAUCUGCGCGGGAGGAUUUGUGGCGAACGCAGAGAACACCACCUGUCUGCCGGUGGUUCACUACGAACAGGAGUGUAGCGAUUCGAACCAAUGCAUCGCCCAGCUGGGUAUCGGAUCGCUGUGCAGCGAAGGGAAAUGUGUUUGCAACGAGCAGUACUAUCCGUUCCCGAUGGAUGCCCAGAAUAGCACCGACAAGGAACACAAGAUACACGUGCUGUGCAAGAGGAGAGUCUCGCACGGUGAGAGCUGUAACGAAGAUAAGGAGUGCUACCAGUUCCAUCGUGGCCCCCAUGAGCAGACAAUGGAGUGCUUCAUGAACGAGUGUGUUUGCACUCAUGGAUUCUACGAGAAAGGAGGCAUCUGCAUCAGUCACAGCGGCUCUUCAGCGAUUAAUGUGUCAUCUUUAGUAGCAAUCUUGGCGUUGCUAGCUGCUUUCUAUUCGAAACAAUCAUUCACCUGUUGAAUAGUUCGUAUAUAUGUGUAUAUUCAAAGUGUAUGUUAAAUUGUUGAUUUAUUUUCCUCAAUAAAUAUUUGUUUCGCAA